AGUGCAGCACGGCGUACAACGGCAAAGAAACAAACAACAACAAAAAGUUGAAGUAGAAGUUCAUCGAAGUGGAAUCUGAGGAGGCUGCCUUCAGCUCCGAUGGACACGUACGACCGUAAUGUGGCCAUUAUCGGCUCUGCUGUCUACGGCGGGCUGCUGGUGAUCGGGAUGCUCCUCUUUGUUCUCGGCCACAGUGGUGAGCCGUUCUACCGGCACCCCUCCGUCAACGUCGCGAUCUUUUCCGUCUUCUGGUUCGCCUUCGCUCCGUCCGUGCUGUUCAUCGGCGCGACCGUGCCGUGGGUGUGCGCGCUGUGUGGCAGCCGGGCAGCCGCCCUUGUCUUCGCGGUGGUGCCUGGCGGUGUCUUCGUGCUCGUCGGGGCCUACUGGAUCUUUCUGAAUGACAAGUACGAGAACUUCUACGACGCCUUCAGCGCCCCGCUGGCGUCGCCGUGGAGUCGCAACACGGUAAACCUUCGCUACGCUCCCGCGGAGGCUUCGUACCGCACGGGCGAUGGGGUACAACACUACCCCUCCCCUGCCGCGGUCGCCGAGGCGAUGAAUUGGGAGACGGGCGGCAUGUCCCCUUUUAUGCAGCGACCAAAUAGGGGGUCUUCUGGCGAUGGAGGCGGUGGUGGCACGCCUGACUUCACGAACAUUGCCAUCGCACCGCCUUUUGUGGGCAGUUGCCGGCCAACCUACGUCCCGGCAGGGGCUGCCGUUGCGUAUCCCCCUGACGGGUCUAGCGUCCCCCCGCUCGCUCAAGCAUCGAGUAGGAAUGUCGCCACCGAUUUUAAUUACGAUCCGGGUGGCGUCGACAGAAGGCCACAAUCCGCCUACUCUAGUUUGUCACCACCGCUGCCCACGCAAACCUCGUCGGCAGGGGAGUAUCCUCAUCCCCCCCGUCUGAGUGGCCAUUACAUCGCGUGA